ACUGUCAAGAGGUCUUCUUUGCUAGGGCGGAUAAGGAGUGGCGUGGGAGGCUCAAACGGGAAAGAGGAAGAAAAGAGGAAAAACAGAAGCUUGGCUCGAGUCAUGUACUCCACUUGUUCUUUGCCAAUUACUUCUCAUUCAUCGGCAAUUGCCGCUCCGGCUCUGUCGCCCGCCGCUCGGUCUUUUUCCUCCUCAAAUGGAAGCGGCGCCUUUCCUUUCUCUCUUCGCCUUCACUUCACCGGCGAAAUCACCGAUAAGCGUCCUAGCGCAAAGACAUGGACGGGGAUUCCGUCCAUCGAGGCGAAAGCCAAGACAAGGAGCGAGAGCCGUACCGCCCGUCACGAACGCGUUAGGAAGAAGGUCCAUGGUACCCCUGAGAGGCCAAGGAUGUGUGUUUUCCGUUCAAACAAGCAUCUUUAUGUCCAAGUGAUUGAUGAUACGAAAAUGCACACACUAGCUGCAGCCUCAACCAUGCAGAAGCCAGUGAUAGAAGAAAUUGAUUUCUCUUCUGGGCCUACAAUUGAAGUGGCAAAGAAGGUUGGUGAAGCCAUUGCUAAGUCUUGCUUAGACAAAGGAAUCACACAAGUGGCUUUUGAUCGAGGUGGCUACCCAUACCAUGGACGCGUACAAGCCCUUGCUGAUGCUGCUCGGGAGCACGGUCUUCUAUUCUGAUUAACUUCCAUUCUGGAAAAUUUUCCUGUAUAACAUUUUAAGAGCAAGUCUGAGGGUAUUUAAGAGCUUCACUAUUGAAUUUC